AUGUCUAUGUCCACCAUGCAAAUGGUCUUUUACACCUCUACCACUACACCGCUCUAUUCCACCUCUUGGACACCCUCAACCACGGGGCAGUACGCUGGCACCUGUAUCUUCCUAAUAGUUCUCGCCACCUUUUUUAGAGCCUUGUUCGCGUUACGGGCGGUCCAAGAGCGGAGAUGGCAGCAGAUGGAGUCAAGGCGCCGGUACAUCAUUGCGGGCGCAGAUGAGAAAGAGAAUGACAGUAGGUCGAGCGCGGAUGGGUCGAAGAUGAGCGUGUCCAGCGAGCAAAGUAACGAGGGGAGCAUGGCUGUCUUGAAGGGGAAUGUUUCGGCCGUCCGGCCGUGGAGAACAACGCAAGAUGUGCCGCGAGCGUGCUUGGAUGUGGUAAUUGCUGGGGUUGGGUAUCUAUUAAUGGUGGCAGUCAUGAGUCUGAACGUAGGGUACUAUAUGUCUGUUCUUGGUGGCACAUUUCUCGGCAAUCUGCUUGCUGGCCGUUUUUCAGCCGCGCCUACAAGCCACUAA